CGUGAAACGGAGUGGAGAAAUUAAAAUUGUUUAUAUUAAAAGUUUACUGCGAACAACAUUUCUUUUACGCUAACAGCAAUUCGUACACGAACGAGUCAGUGUGACAGUUGGUGUGAGCGAGACAAAGUUUGACAGCAAACAAUUUGGUUGUGUCACUUUAAAUGUUCUUUGAAUUUUAAAAAGCGAUUAUUUAUUUUUGUGUUCCAAGAGUAAAUUUUGGGAUAGACGAUAGAAUAGUAGAAACAAAUCCAAAAAGUGUGAUUAAAUUUGAUCAAGUGUGUCAAAUGGACUUGUUGUAAACAGUUACCAAAUUGUGAUAAGAGGACAAGAAUUUCAAGUGUUUUUAUUUCCUGUUAGCCAUUAACUAUGGAUUCAGAGCGAGAACCGUUGCUGAAAAAUAAACAGUAUAGCCAGAGUGAGCGAUCAAUUGAAGAUAAUAAUAAUAAUUCAUCAUCAGAUGUAUUGGACAGAUAUAAUCCACAUGCACUGGACCGAUAUGAUCAUGGAUAUGAUCCACAUGACCAUCGAGAUGUCGAACAUCCCACAUCAAAUACCGAAACCAUGAUCCAUCUUUUAAAAGGAAAUAUAGGGACUGGUAUCCUUGCAAUGCCUCAGGCUUUCAAAGAUUCUGGUUUGUACUUGGGCUUAUUUGGAACAAUAUUAAUGGGGCUCAUUUGUACGCACAACAUGCAUAUGCUGCUCGAAUGCACUCAUGAACUAUGCCGUAGGAAUAAAGUAACUUCAAUGGAUUAUUCUGUUGUCUUAUUCAGUGCAUUCGAAACACGACGACUCCAAAAAUACGCUUAUGCUGCCAAGUUUCUUAUAAACACCUUUUUGUUCCUUUCACAACUCGGAUUUUGUUGUGUAUACUUUUUAUUUGUGGCCACGAAUUUACAAGAUGUAGUCAAACAUUACUGUCAUGCGAUUGAUGUGCGUUAUUUUUUACUGAUGUUGUUGCUGCCAAUGAUUUUGUUAAAUUUUUUGAAGAAUUUAAAAUAUUUGGCGCCAGUUUCGAUGUUUGCAUCUAUUUUGACCGUGAUCUGCAUUGUGAUCAUAUUUUAUUUCAUACUCAGUGGCCUACCCAAGAUAGAUGGUGUGCCAAAAGUUGCAACAUGGAGACAGCUUCCGUUGUUCUUUGGCACCGUAGUUUAUGCAUUCGAAGGGAUUGGUGUUGUGCUUCCGCUGGAGAACAAUAUGAAGACUCCACAAGCCUUGGAUGGAUUAACCGGUGUUUUAAACACAAGCAUGAUCAUUACGGCAGCACUCUACACAGCAAUUGGAUUCUACGGUUAUUUGAAGUAUGGCGAUGCAGUUAAAGCAACCAUCACAUUGAACUUAGAUCCAGAAUAUAUUUUGGCGCAAUCGGUGCGUGUAAUGUUCGCAAUUGCCGUGUUUUUAUCGUAUAGCCUUCAGUUUUAUAUUCCGAUGAAAAUAAUUGGGCCAUGGUUUCAACGCUUUUUCAAACAACAACAUCAAAAACUUGGUGAUGGCAUUCUGCGGGUUGGCUUAAUUAUCGUAACGUUUAUUCUAGCUGCCGUCGUGCCAAAACUUGGCCCAAUCAUUUCCUUAUUUGGAGCUGUAUUUUCAUCAUCACUUGCACUAUUGAUUCCUCCGUUGAUCGACUUUUUGACAUUUGGCCUGCAAGGAAUGGGACGAUUCUAUUGGAGAUUGUGGAAAAAUAUUGCCAUAUUUGUACUUGGUGUUCUUGGUUUCAUUUUUGGCGCCUACGCAAGUAUCGUGGAACUAGUAGCCUCAGAUCCAAUCGAAGAUUAACAUUAACUUGCAUGGUGAUGCAAAACAGAAUGAGCCCAGAACGAAAAAAAAUCCAAAGCCAUGAGAUUAUUUUUUAACACGAAACAUCGUAAUUGAUAUUUAUUCAUAGAUGAUAAUCCAAAUCUGCCAUUUAUUUGUCAUGCACAAAUUAUUGACUUAUUACUUCCCGACGAGAAAUUUGCGGUGAAAUAGGUGUACGUCGACUAUCCGUCGCAUAUCCGUUUUUGAGUGCGGAUACUCGCAAUGCGAAUAGGUAUCCACAAUAAAAGUUGCCGCAAAAUGUUAUCGCUGAAUACCCUGCGACUAUUCGCGCUGCGAUAAAUGUGAAGUUGUAACUGAAUCGAGUGUGAUAUUUCGACUUGAAACUUCGUACAACCAACGUGAAGUUGGCUGCGUUCGACGGACUUUUUCGUAUUGCGACUAUACGUAGAAUAGUCGCAAUGCGAUAUUCCGCAAAUUUCUCGUCGGGCUUAUUCAAUCUCAUAUUGAUUAUCGUACAAUAAAAUACAAUCGUUUAUAAGUUAA